CCUCCCAGGCGGGCUCUAAUGGCGUGUUUGGCAGAGUCAGCGAAACGCGGCGCCCAGCGGCCCGGCGGCGGGGGAGCGCCCUCUCCCGCGCCCUCGCCGUCUCCCGCGCCGGCCAGCGGCGCGCACGGGGCCAUUUGCAGCGCAGCAGCCUCACGAGCGGCAGCGGCGCGCCGGCGCGGAGCGAGGCGGCACCAUGGAGCUGAAGAAGGACAGCAACUCCGUGUCCAUCGACAUGCUGCUGAUCGUGCACUCGGAGAAGCGGCGGGCCGCGCAGGGCGCGCACUCGGACAGGCAGGCGGACCCGGGCGCGCUGCUCCAGCGCAGAGGAGGGCUCCAGGGCAUCGGAAACGGACUCCGGAGAUGGCAGAAAUUAGAAGGGAACGAGCUGCAUGGAAACCUGGCAGAGAAGCAGCAUCCUCAGCAGACCCAGAUCAUCACUUCCUACGACAACCAAGGGACACAGCUGACUGUGGAGGUCCACCCUCGAGACGCCAUGCCCCAGCUGCUCAAGAAGUUCUCCUUGGCUAAAUGUUUACAAGGCGAUAAAAAUGGAAACACAAGACCCCGGCAGCCUGGGGGGAAAGACGCCCAUGCCUACCCCUGGGAUCGGUCCAGCCUGAAAUCCAUGCCCCUGGACCUGCGGCAGUUUGAGAAACUGGACACCUAUGCCUCACAGGUGACAGUCAAGAGUGGCCUGGAUGAGCUGGUGAGCGACCUACUCCAGGAGGCCCACAGUGACCUGGAGAGGGUCCGUGCCAUCUGGAUCUGGAUCUGCCACCACAUAGAGUACGACAUCGAGGCUGCCCAGGAGAAGGACCGCCAGGCCUUCAAACCCACUGACAUCCUGCGGACCCAGAAGACCAACUGUGACGGCUACGCCGGGCUCUUUGAGAAAAUGUGCAGGAUCGCUGGAGUGCAGUGCAUGACGGUGCCUGGCUACUCCAAGGGCUUUGGCUACCAGACGGGGCAGAGCUUCUCCGGAGAGUUUGACCACGCCUGGAACGCCGUGUAUCUGGAGGGGAGAUGGCACCUGGUGGACAGCACCUGGGGCAGCGGCCUGGUGGAUUCCGCCACCUCCAAAUUCACCUUCCUCUACAAUGAAUUCUACUUCCUCACCCAUCCCGCACUGUUCAUCGAGGACCAUUUUCCAGACAACAAGAACUGGCAACUGCUGAAACCUCCUCAAUCCCUGAGGCAGUUUGAGAACAACAUGUAUCACAAGAGUGAAUUCUACAACAAGGGGAUGCUCAGUGCCCACCCGGAGACUUCCAUGAUCAAAACAGUGAACGGGAAGGCCAUGGUGACCAUUGAGAGCUGUGCCCCGACGCUCUUCAUGUUUAUGCUCAAUGGCAAGCAGGAGCACGGGCUGCUGAGCCUCAGGAAGAAUGGGAUGAAGCUGGAAGUGUACCCUCCCACCGUGGGCACCCACAAGCUGCAAAUCUUUGCCAAAGGCAACUCUGACAUCUACAGCUCGGUGCUGGAGUACACGCUCAAGUGUAACUACGUGGAUGACACGGUCCAGCUGCCAGCUGAGCUGCACCAGCCCGUGGGCCCCAGCUGGUUCUCGGAGCAGAUGGGCAUCACGAAGCCCUCCCACCCUCACCCCAUCAUCCACACGAGCGAUGGGCGCUGCUCCGUGAGCUUCGGCGUCGAGGAGGGCAUCAGUGUCCUGGCUUCCCUGCACGGGGACGACGGCCUCAUCACAGAGGAGACACAGCGGCGCUACAUUUUCCAGCUGCAGCGGGAGAAGCGGACAGAGCUGAAGGUCCAGCUGCCUCACGCCGGCAAGUUUGCCCUCAAGAUCUUCGUCAAGAAGAGGCAGGAAGCGGGCAACUACAUCUUCGUCUUCAAUUAUCUCCUGUGCUGCACCAACACCAAGGUGAACUGGCCCAUGUUCCCCGAGAGCUUUGGCAACUGGGGGCAGGACAAUGAGCUGCUGGAGCCUCUGACGGGCGUGCUUCCUGCCAACCGGAACGUCCCAUUCAAACUGAAGCUGCACGGUAUCGCCAAAGCCCUAGUGAAGGGGCAGGACACGUGGCCUCUGACCCUGAACAGCGAGGGCUACUGGGAGGGCAGCUGCAGCACGGCCGGCUGCCAGGAAGUCUAUGUCAUGGUGCUGGAGAACGCCAACCACAACUUCUACUCCUAUAUCCUGAAGUAUAAAGUGAACGCCCAGUGAGGGCCUGUGUCCCGUCACACCUCCCAGAGGGCCAGGCCUGCCCGGAGAGGGCCCAAGGGACGUGCAGAGAUCCCUGGACACCACUGAGUCUGCAUGAAAUCACUUCUAGGCCUCUGCCUCAGUUUCCCUGCUCUGCCGCAGGAGCUGUGAUGUUUGUGUUCUGAUGGCUUCACUCAGUUGUGGCAACGGCCAAGGGGACAGAGGCAAAGGACCUUUAGAAGAAACAGGUGCUAUGUAAAUCCAAGGUAUUGUAAACUGUCCACACUGCCCAGGUGCCCCUUCUCGUGCUCAUGCUGUUGUCGUAGCGUCGAUGUGGGAAAGCAGGGACAGUGCCCAGGCGGCAGGCUUGUCACGCCAUGAUUCGAGAAUUCUCCUCCGUGCCGAGAGGGACGUGAUUUGCCAGGCUGAGUCAUCUGGAAUCAUAGCGCCCCUUUCAUGUAGCAUCACAGCGUUUCUCACCACCUCCUGGACCCCAGGGACGGUUGGACUGUCAUUUUCCCCAGACCUGACCAUCGUCCACAUUCCUGCUGCCUCUUCAUUGGGCGCUUCUUGCUCUUUAAGAGCCCUAGGAAAAAGAAGGUGUGGAGAGGAAGCUAGCCAACCACCCCUGGCUGGGGGCUGGGGGCCCUCAGAGUCCCUGUGUGUACUGGGAAUGUGGCAACAGAAAGUUAUGGGGAGACUCUAAAGCAAAGAGCAGCCAGUGCCCACUCAUGAGUGUCCUGGGUGGGGGACCAAGGGGUGGAGGGACCCCAUGGCCAUCCUGCCACCUGAGUCUAAGGGAUAAGACCUCCAGCUCGGCUUCCAGAGGAGCCUGCUGAGCAGUUAGUUCAGUCUAAGGUCUGGGGUGGCCUUCCAGGCGCCCUCAGAGCCUGGGCCUCUGGGACCCACCUACGUCCUUCACAGGGUGCCCCAAGAUGCCUGCUAGGCCUUGGGGAGCCUCGUCAACAACCCAAAAUAAAGACCUGGGCAGGGAGGCCAGGCAAGGGUAUAGUGCAAACUGCAGUGCCCAGGAGCCUCCCAUGAUAACAGGGCUCUGCCGGCCCCCAGGAGUCCCUGCCACCAACACCACAGCUGGGGGCCUCCACCUGCCCUGGGAGCAGUUUUUGUGCUUGUCCUUAUCCUAUCUUCCUCCCUCCUUUUCUCUGACAAGAGAGACCCCCGGGGUCCCGCCUUCUGUGGGGCUCAGGCCCCAGAAGCCUGGGCUGCCCAGCUAACCCUCAGCAGCACCUCAGGCUGGUGUUGCCAUGGCAACAGCAGAAAGGCUGGCUCUGGCAGGGCAGCAGAGAGGGAAGGAUCGAGAGGCCGUGCGUGGCCGCUGCAACACGCUCCCAGCACACAGAGACCCCUGAGAUUGUCCCUGCUGACCUCCUGGCUUCUCCAGCUCUGCAGCCCCUGACAGCUGACACUGCCCAGCACUCUGCCCCCCACUGGUGCUGCAAAUGCCCCCAGGCUCAGCUAUAGCCAGGAUCAGCCAGGGAUCCUCACAGCCGCCUCUGCCUUCCUCCUCACCUUUGUGUAUCCAACACACAUUCAUGGGCACUUAAUAAGUACCAGGCAUGUGCUAGAUGCUGGGCCUACGGAGGAAACCAAGGGGGCCCUGCCCCUGCCUCCCAGAGCUCAGGGUGGGGGGCAGCAGCCUCCAUUGGUUACCCAGGCCUAUCUGAAGUUCCAGGCUCCCAACACUUCGCUCCAGCAUCUCCCUGGGGUCCCUCCCCCAAUGGUCCCCACUGCCACCAGCAUGGACCUUUCCCAGAUCGACGUUACAGCGGUGCCCGUCCUCCACCAGGCUGGGGGCCCUGGAACCCAAGGGGAGCACCCCUAUGGGGGCUGACCUGCCCUGGCCUGUGUCCAGCGCCAUCCGGCAAGCUCUGCCAUCCAGGCAUUGGGCACCACGUCCCUCGCACCUGGAAAAUGCACAGAAGCCCCAGAGGCGGGACCACUGUGAACCACGACUCGGAAACUAGGGGAGAUUUUACACCCUGAAAACAGCCUUUUCUCACACCUUCCAUUUUAUAAACUGAAAGAAGUGUGCUGUGUUUCAUCAAAAUAAGUGCCUUCCAUACAUCUUUUCAAAAACAGUAUAAUUAGUCAAUACAUUGUGGAGCGUGCAGAGGAUGCCACCCAGCAAAGCAGGAGCUGUCACGAGAACCCGAGCGAGGCCCAGCGCUCAAAGCGCCCGCAGCGCAUCCGCGCCGCUCCCCAGUGUUCAACCAGGUAGCCCUUUGUAAAGACAGCUGCAGGCACAGUCAGAAAAUCACCUGCAUUUCUUUCCCCUAAGUAAAAAUACAUGAAAUGAAAUCCAAUCUUCAUGAAUUUUUACACGCGUGCUGCUCAGGGUAGAAUUCGGGUUUGCAUUUUGAAAUCUUUUCUUGCAUUUUGAAGCCCAUCUUUGUUUCCCGGUCGAUGAGUCCCGGCGGCCGGUGGAAGGGGGCGGGCGCCCUCUGGUGCCCAACGUGCGGAGCUGCCGGCGCUGCUCCCCUCCGCGAGGCUGAAUCGGUCACCAAGGUUUUUACGCCAAAAUUGCAAAAUGGUCUUGGGACGUUUAUGUUAAAUUCACUGGGUGCUUUCUUGUGGCCUCUCAGCGCUUCCUCGUGUGUACGCGGAGCACAUCGCUGCCACGCACAGACUGUGAGGCGAGCCCGGCAUGGUGAGAAGACGUGGAAUGUAAGAGGAUUUGGGAGUGCUUUGCCCGGAAAUCCCAUCUUGAAACGGAAACACUGGAUACGGGACUAGGUGGGACGGCUUUGACCACGCUCAUUGCUGUGCCAGUGAAGGACUGAAACUGAGCGAACUCAGGCAGCUUUUGCUGGCAGGUCCUAGGGUGGCAACCCUCAGGCCACAGGCAGAAGGGGAUGCAGAGAGUCCGGGAUGGGGGAAGCGCUAGGCCAGAUGGGCCACCACCACGGCUGCAAGCGACUUCUUUUCAACUGGUUUCGGAGGCGCCACCGGCACCGCAGGACUCCACUUUCAAUCCGAUUACGAUCAUUGUGAGUUCCCCAUAUGUUACAAUGUCCCACCAGGACAAACCCGUCCCACACAGCCUGCUGAGUUUAAAAGGAAGUGAAUAGAUUAACUGAAGCAUGAAGGAUUUAGGCUAGACUUAAAGAACUCUUUCCUGUUGUUAAGCAGGAGGGACAAGUUGCCAAGAAAGUUUGUGAAAUCCUCUUCUCAAAGGACUUGAAAAGUAGAAGCGUUUUCCCAGUGGUCUAGGGCUUGAGAGGCCAGCUCAUUGGAAGGAGGACGUUCUGCCCAAGCCAGUUAGCCCUUGAAAUGCACUAGAUGGUCCACAGCGGACACAGGUGAACGGUGGGGCCACGCCCUCCGCCAUUGGCAAAGCGUUCUAAGCUGGUGUGCAUCCGAGUCCCACAUCGGUUUAUCUGAGGUCUGUAAUUUCUUUUCAUUUGGAGUAAGUAGUUGGAACUCUUGAGAGGUGAUUACUUUUCAUAACGUGUGCACUGAGUUGCGUGGGCCGGUGGCUGUUGACUAUGCUUUCCCCACAUUGUUG